CGCCAUCCAAGCUUGAUCAGCCAUCGCCUCGCCGUCCGCUCACAAAGCGGCUUCUUCAAGGCAAUCCCAAGUGUGGGAAGGAUUGUUUCAUUGAGGGCGCGUUGGAACUUCAGAGGGGUCACUCCACCGGAAGGCAGCGCAGUGAGCCAGUCGCGCGAAGCCUUCUGAACUGACUCAUCGUUCAGGUGACACUUCGCAUUCUUCUUUCCACCCCUCUUCUCCAAUGGAAGCAUCUCGAAGGCCUCGUAAUGGCGUGCGAGAGCACGCACACGACGUGCGAAGUGUGUUCCAUCCCCCUCAUGCCACUGUCGGGCGAUCUCGAUACUUGCUGGGAUGCGGUCGAGCCCCUUCAGCAGGAGGGUCGCGAAGUUCCGGAGGAUGGUCUGUCCAAGAUCGACUUUCGACACCCCCAGUCAUCUCAUCCAUCAACUCGUCCUCCCAGUCAUCCUCUGCCAGACUGCGCUCCGAGUCCUCCGAGUCAUCCUUGCCCUGAUCAGGACUCACAGACUCGGAUCCGGUGUCCUCUGAGCCUGAGGUCAAUCCUGACCCGGGCCCUGACCUCAACACGAGCUCAUCUGAUGGCGAGUCAGCCCGGGGCGGCAAUUCGAGAGCAUCAGGUUGUGGAAGCUCGCCGAGCACUGCAUUGGAUGACCCCGGACCCCGCCCAGUGUCCGAGUCAGAUACUGUCCAGAUGCCUCGUGGUCGCGGACGCGCCUCAAAGCCAUGCGCAAGGAGCGAUGUCUGGUCGGAAAGCAGGCGUCGGUAGCGUUGUUGGCUGCGCUUUGACUUGCUCCCGACAUCCGGGCCCUUCUUGUAUUCUAUCCAUCUCGAUGAGUACCAAUGACAGUAUGGAAUUUACAGAUCAUUGCAGAGCACACCUUUUGGCCUGACUGGCAGGUCUGUGCCGCAUUUCGCCACCUUCCGACGACGACGCUGCCUUUCCGGAACCCAGUCUUCAUCCCGAGCAUCAUCCCCUUCCUUCUCUCCAAGUCUCAACAUUUCUUCAAGGAAUUCUUCGUCUGCAACCUCCUCCCAGUCUGACUCCUCCUCGGCAUCACUGUCUGAUGAGGCAUCGAGGUCCAGUCUUGAGGGAAGCAGCUUCAAGCUGUCGUGAUCUGUCGGCGGCUGCCAGCAGGCAUCAUCCAGUGCCUCUGACUCGGAGUCCGAGUUCGAGCGAGGGCUUUCACUUCUCUGCCAGCCAGCCAGAGCAUCAUUCGGUGUGUUGAUGCUCUUCUGUGAUUGAUUCCUGAGUCCACUGAUAUUCUUCUUGCGCUUCGGGGGUCGGCCUGUGCGUGCCAUGCUGCGAAACAGAGUGGUGGCACGGCUGUGUUC